AUGAGGACUAGAUGCACGUGCUUUCGAAUGGAUUGGAAUACUCGAAUGACUUUUUCCUCCUUACAAUUUCUUCAUACAUUACAACAAUAUAGUGAUGAAGAGAAAUAUCAAACUACAAAUACAUCAAAACAAAAUAAACAAGCAUUAAAAGUUUUCGAUUUAGCUGAUUAUCGAACUAUUUUUGCUGAUCUUGUUAUUCAUUUAUAUGAUGAACUUCUUAAAAGAAUUCAAGUGAAAUUAUUACCAAUGAUUAUUCCUGCUAUAAUUGAACAUGAAGAUCUCGAUUUACGUGGUAUUGCAUCUGUAAAUCCCAUGACAUCUGCAUCAACCUCUACUGAUAAACGAUCAAAAUUUUCAGCACAAGAUCUUCUUAAACAAUUAUAUGAUUAUCAUAAAAUAUUUCAAAUGUAUUCACUUGAACCAGCUAUUGUUCAACAACUAUUCAAAGAAAUUUUUUAUUUAAUUGAUACUCAAGCUCUAUGUGGCUUACUUUUACGAAGUGAUUGUUGUAAUUGGAGUAAAGCUCUUCAAAUUGGUUAUAAUUUAAGCCAUUUAACAGAAUGGUUACGUGAUCAAAAUUUACAAGAGAGUGGUGCUGCCGAUUGUCUUCUUCCAUUAACACAAUCUGUUCAAUUAUUUCUUUGUAAAAAAGAUGAAGCAAGCAUCAGUAAUGUUUGUACUAAACUUACAAUUGUUCAAGUAAAAUAA